GUUAGAUAAAAAUGGUGGCUUGAUUGAAGUUUCCUUUACUGUACGCAGGAAAUGUGUUAUUUGUAAGAAAUUGUGGUGUUUUGUGAUGAUUAGCUCUAAAAUAAUAUCAAAAUGUCGACGCCAGUGUCGAAUCGUAAAUACGGAGCUCAAAAAAUUAGAUUGACAAUUCUUUGCGCAAGAAAUUUGGUGCGGCGAGAUCUUUUUCGUUUGCCAGAUCCUUUUGCUAAAAUCACAGUUGAUGGCAGUGGACAAGUAUAUUCAACAAAUGCAGUGAAAGCUACUCUUGAUCCAAAAUGGAAUACACAUUAUGACCUGUACCUUAAUAAGGGUGACGGAAUUACAAUUAGUGUUUGGAAUCAGCGGAAAAUACAUAAAAGACAAGGAUCUGGUUUUCUGGGCUGUGUAAGAAUACAACCCUCAACUGUGCACAAGCUAAAAGAUACUGGAUAUCAAUGUCUAGAACUUUGUGAGGAUGGUUCAGGCGAGACUUGCGGCGUGAGGGGCCAAGUGAUAGUGUCGUUGUUGUCCCGCGACGGAGCCCGAGGCGAGCCAGCAUCAGCAGCCGGCGAAGGCUCCCCACUAGCUGUGGUGGGGCCAGCAGGAGAUGUCCGCUCCUCGAGGGAUCCCCCACUUAAUAAUAAUAAUCAGAGUCCACUACCACAAUAUUGGGAGGAAAGAUUCACGCCAACCGGCAGGCCAUAUUAUGUGAACCACGUUUCUCGUCGGACGCAAUGGGAGCGUCCCACAGAUGCUACCGUGGCGCAGUCGCCCACUCCCAACGGUGGGACGCCCGCUGCCUCGCCCUCUACCUCACCAGCGUCACCAUCCUCGCCAGUUUCUGACCCCGAUGUCAACCACGCCACUUCUAUCUCUUUGAGGCCCGAGCCCCAGCCUCAAACGGCGGUCCGUUCGCGUCAAGCGCCCACUGCGACGUCACCGUCCACGCCCUCUACACCAUCGACCCCCGCGUCUCCGGCCACUCCGAUAGCUGCCACGGACCUGCCUCCCGGAUAUGAAAUGCGCACAACAACCCAAGGGCAAGUGUACUUCUACAACCUGGUAACUGGCUCGUCGACGUGGCACGACCCGCGCGUGCCGCAGCACAUGCGGCACUGCGCGGCGGCGGCCGGGCCGCUGCCCCCGGGCUGGGAGAUGAGGCACGCACCUUCGGGCAGACCCUACUUUGUGGACCACAAUAAUAGGACUACGCAGUUUACGGAUCCGAGAUUGGCGCUUUCCGCUAGAUUCGUACAACAAACAAACACCGAGACGAAUUCCUCCGCGGCGCCGACUCCUGCGCAGACGACUCCGGUGGAGCCUUCGGAGCCCGAGACUUUGCCGAAGUAUAAACGAGACUUGGCGGCAAAAGCUAGGGCUCUCAGGGCGGAAUUACAGGCUUUACAGCCGCAAACUGGACACUGUAGGAUAGAGGUAUCACGUAACGAAGUACUUGAAGAAUCGUACCGGCUCGUGAUGAAAUUACGUUCGAAAGAGCUCCGCAAGCGGUUGCUCGUAAAAUUCCGCGGAGAAGAAGGCCUGGACUACGGCGGCGUGGCCCGAGAGUGGCUCCAUCUAUUAGGCAGAGAACUGUUCAACCCACAGUAUGGGUUGUUUCAGUACGCCAAUGCGGGAGAUGACAGAUACGCGCUGCAGAUCAAUGCUGAUUCUGGGGUUAACCCUGAGCACCUAUCGUACUUCCACUUUGCUGGUCGAAUACUAGGCGUAGCAUUGUUCCACGGCCAUCAACUUGACGCAGCUUUCACUGCGCCCUUCUACAAACAACUGCUAGGCCGCACCAUCACUCUACGAGACAUAAGAGACGUGGACCCAGAGCUUCAUAGAUCGCUGUCUUGGAUGCUAGAGAACAACAUAGCGGGGGUAAUCGACACGACAUUCUCUGUAGAGUGCUCAUCGUUCGGCGCUGUUCGGAGCGUGGAGCUGCGGCCGGGCGGCGCCAACGAAGCCGUCAGCGACGACAACAAGCGUGAGUAUGUCCGUCUGUAUGUCGCGCAUCGAUUCACCCGCGGAGCCGAGCGGCAGUGGCUAGCUUUGAAACGAGGCCUCGAAGACAUCAUACCCCCGCAACUACUCAAAUCCCUAUCACCACGCGAUCUACAACCACUACUCGGAGGACGAGCCGAUUUAGACCCCGCAGAUUGGAAGCGACACACGCGAUUGAAACACGUGACCCCGGAUGCACCUAUAGUGGGCUGGUUCUGGGAGAUAGUCGAGGAGUUCGACGCGGAAAUGCGCUCCAGAUUACUACAGUUCGUGACCGGGUCUAGGCGAGUGCCGUUGGCUGGCUUCCGCGCACUACAAGGCUCCACUGGCGCAGCAGCUCCUAGAUUGUUCACUCUCCACCUGGUAGCUGACGCCUCGCCGGAUUCCCUUCCCAAAGCUCACACUUGCUUCAACCGUCUCGACUUACCGCCUUACCCCAGCAAGGAACGGCUGCAUGACAAACUCAAACAGGCCGUCCUCGAAACGGCAGGGUUCGCUGUCGAAUGAUACAAUUUUGACUCGUCAGGAAAAUGGUUGUGUUCAUUAUCAUUCGAUUACUAUGAUGCUCGAUAUAUUACAGAUACUAGAAGUGAUAGAUGUAAAAAAUAUAGAUACGAAUUUACGGAAUUGUUUCGCCGUAAUGUAAUCGCUAAUCUUAUAGUAAAGUUUUAUUUACAAUUUGUAUGUAUAUUUAUAUAGUGUAAUCGAUUUUAUAUUAUAUUUAAACUUAAACACCUCGUUGAUAUUUUUUAAAUGAUAAAUGACCUUGCAAAUUUAUUUCAUGGAAUAGCGUGCAGCUUUUGAAAGUUUGAUCUUUAUUUAAUAAUUUAUUAUUUGUUUGGUUGUAAGUGGCGAAUUGGCAUGGUGGUAACUAGUCCCGCAAUGGUUAUGAGACUGAUGGAUAUAACGGAAUGAAGCCACAUGACAAAAUUAUUAACUUUGUAUGAUAUUCUUUUCUGAUAGUUAUAUUUUUAUACUAUAUAGUGCCAGCCGUUGUCUGGGCCAGAUAUUGUAACGACAGCACAUUGCUUUUAAAAAAGUAACUGGUUAUUUAAAUUGGCUUUGUGCAUUAUGCUCAAAUAUUUCGCAUAUUCCUAGAAUUUAAGUUAACAUUGUAUAACUGGAGUGUGUGUUAUUUGUUUUGGCCUAAUUCCAUGUUCAAAGCUAGUUAUUUUAUAAGAUAUACUGCGGAAUGCAAUUGUUAAAGAAGUGUAUGUACAGUGAGCCGAGGCCGCAUAAAAAGGUAAACCACCUUCGUAUUGGGGUGGCAUGUUUUGUAUGGACAUACUGUACGUAAAUUAGUUUGUUUUUCAUUUUAUCUUCUACACGAGGUGUGUAUCGAAAUUAAUUGCAUCGCAGCGACAAAAAUAACAUAUGUAGUUAUAAAAUUAUUGAUUGUAUUCUAUGGACAAAAUUUUAACCCGAAAACAUUUUUACAUUUUAUGACUAUAUUAAUAUAUGAAACCUAUGUAUAAAUCCCAUCUAUUACCGUUUUGUCGCGCAAAAAAAUCUGUUUCUUUUUUAUUCCAGUGAAUUAUAUUUUCCAUAUAAUAUUAUAGGGCUUCCGUAAAUAUUUCUCAUGCCAAUUUCAUUUUGUAAACAUAUCUAGAAUUACCUAAAAUGUCAUAAUAUAAGAUGUUGUACCUUAUUUUUGUAAUAUGUUUUUCAACUAUUUACAUGUUCAGUACAAAACACAAGUAUUCAGUGUAUUUUACAAGAUACAUUAGUUUAAUAUAUAUCUUCAAACCAAUUUGGUUUUCUGAAAUUUAUUUUCAAUCAUAUCUUCUAGCGAAUGUGUUCACCAGAGGGCCUCUUCAUAUAAUUAUUUAUAUACAACGAAAAUAACACUUUUAAUGAUGCCUAAUCUUGAUAAAAAAUCUAAUGGGCAGCCUAGGAACAUUUCCAUGUCAUAAUAAAAUUUAAAUUAUAUUCAUUGUUUAUAAAGGUACCAUCAGUGGAGAAAAUUGAGGUGAUUGCUCACUCUCUUGGUGCCUUAUGGAGAAUUAAAUUUGUAAAUAUAUAUAAUAUGUAUCUAUAUAUUGCAGUUAAGCAUAUGUACUGUUCUGUGUUUGUAUUUUCUGACUGAUUGAUAUAAUAAUUAUACAGUAAUAUAAGGUUUUCAUAGUUUGUGGUAUUAGCUGAUGUAUUUUGUUUGUAUAUAAUAAUUUUGAAACGAGACCUGCUGAUAAUAAUAUCUACUACAUUGCUACAGUAUGCAUGAGCUACGGAACACUAUAUUUCUAAAAAUAUAUAGGCCAGAAUUUAAGCAGAGAAGGACCAACACUCAUUAAGUACCUUUGCAGUAGUUAUUUUGUUUUAAAGUGCUAUAUGUGAGUAAAUUGUUUAUUUAUGUUUAUACAUAUAUUUUUGGUUGUAUAAAAAUCUUAAUUCUGAUAAUUUUGGUAUUUUGCCUUUACAUUCUUUGCCGUAGUUCAUGUAAUUAUGAGUGCAAUGUGCAAAAAAACAAGGAUGAGUGCCUUUUACCUGUUUAAGUAUAAUUAAGUUAGAUGUAAUUUUUAGAUAAUGACUGUUUAGUGAUAUGAAAUUAUAUAUUUGUAAUGUAACAUGAACUUCAGUUUGUUUAAAAUUAUAUUAUUACAAUAUUUUUGCACAA